GAUGGUGGUAGAAGAUGCAUGGUAUGUAUGCAUGGAUGUAUUGAUAGAUGGCAUUCGAGAGAGAGCGAUAGAGAUAUUAAGUGUAACCCACAAGAGGCUGGUUUAGACACACGCACACACACAUAGAGACCACAGGACACGCAAAGAUAAAAAGGCUUCUCUCAGUCUCCUAAACUCUUCCACGUUUCCCAAGGAAAGUAGCCAUCGAACAAACAAGAAUAGAACAACUCUGUUGGGAAAGCCACAAAGGCAUCAUCAUCAUCAUAUCAUCAACACAGCUUUUCCUUCGCUUAGAGAUGAGAGUUCCCUCAUCCCAACAGCCCAAUACCCAUUCUCCCAACCCAAACCUCCUCCUCCACACCACCACCACCACCAACACCACCUUCACCUACGAACCCACCUCCGUCCUCGACCUCUGCCGCAGCCCCAGUCCCGAAAAGAAACCAACUGUCCCCAAACCAGAACCCCAACACAACCUCACCACCACUACCACUACCACUACCAAUACCAACAACAGCCUAGACCUGGACGAUCAUGUCUUGCCAAAUUCCGAUUGGUGGGAGUCCAUCAUGAAGGACCUAGCCUUACCCGAAGAUUCUCCCACAACCCUCUCCAAGCCUAACAACAUCAAUCCAUGCAUCCCUGAUUUUCCACCUUCUCAUGACCCACCCUUUGAUCACCCUCCCGACUUCACCUCUCUUUCAGAAAUUUACAACCAAAACCUCCCCUACAACUACACCACCACCAACCCUUUGGACCAUUCCUUUCACGACCUCAACCACCACCACCACAACCCCACCAUCAACGUUAACAACUGGGACUUCAUCGAAGAGCUUAUCCGCGCCGCCGAUUGCUUCGACAACAGUCACUUCCAACUGGCUCAAGCCAUACUCGAACGCCUCAACAGCCGCCUCAUUCGCUCACCCAUGGCCAAACCGCUCCACCGAGCCGCGUUUCACUUCAAAGAUGCUCUCCAUUCCAUUCUCUCCGGUUCCAACCGUGCCGCUUCCAACCGCCUCUCCUCCAUGGCCGAGAUUGUUCAAACCAUCAAAACUUUCAAGGCCUUCUCGGGAAUCUCUCCCAUCCCAAUGUUCUCUAUCUUCACCACCAACCAGGCCUUGCUAGAAACCCUAAACGGAUCCUCCUUUGUGCACGUCAUCGAUUUCGAAAUCGGGCUCGGGAUCCAAUACGCCUCCCUCAUGAAAGAGAUCGCGGAGAAGGCCGCCGGCGCUUCGCUGCUCCUCCGCAUCACGGCAGUCGUGCCAGAGGAGUACGCCGUGGAGAGCCGCCUCGUCCGCGAGAAUCUCAACCAAUUUGCGCAUGACCUCGGAAUCCGCGUUCAGGUGGACUUCGUCCCGCUUCGGACCUUCGAGGCGGUGUCAUUCAAGGCGGUAAGGUUCGUCGACGGCGAGAAGAUCGCGGUGCUGCUGUCGCCGGCGAUCUUUUGCCGCCUCGGAUCCGUCGGCGCGUUCCUCGCCGACGUGAGAAGGAUGGCGCCCGGAGUGGUGGUGUUCGUGGACGGCGAGGGGUGGACGGAGGCUACCGCUGCGGCCUCUUUUCGGCGAGGCGUGGUGAACAGCUUGGAAUUUUACUCCAUGAUGCUGGACUCGCUGGAUGCGUCUGUGGCGGCCGGGGGAGGCGGCGAGUGGGUGAGGAGGAUCGAGAUGCUUCUUCUGCGGCCGAAGAUCUUCGCAGCGGUGGAAAGCGCAAGGAGGAGGUCACCAGCGUGGAGGGAGGCAUUUUACGGCGCCGGAAUGAGGCCAGUGCAGCUGAGCCAAUUCGCCGAUUAUCAAGCGGAGUGUUUGCUGGCGAAGGUGCAAAUCAGAGGGUUCCACGUGGAAAAACGACAUGCUGAAUUGGUGCUCUGCUGGCAUGAACGAGCGAUGGUUUCCACGUCAGCUUGGCGGUGCUAGAAUAAUAACACAGUAUACAAGAGAAGAAGUAAAAAUAAUCCAACGACACCAAAACCUUAUUUUACCUGUUUUAGGAUGUGAACUUUAUUAUCAAGUUCACUUUGACAAAGAUUCUAGUUUAACUGUAAUUUAGUUUAUUAUGAAAAGUUAAAAAUGUAAGAAAAAAACCCUGGAAGGUACAUAAACUUGUAUUUUUUCCAGACUUUUUUGCUUUAUGUAAUGUAGAUAAAUUGUGGGGGUGUCUAUUCAAUUUGUUUGAGAAGAGUUACCAUGUAAUACAUCUGGCUUUUGAUUCAAAGUAUAUGGAAAUGAAUAGUUACAUAUUUAUGGCUUAUG